AUCUCCCUCUGCCCGCCAGAGUUGCUCUCGGCUUCCUGUCGCACCCUGCCGGCCCUCGACGCCCUCGACGCCCUCGUCGCCGUCGCCGCCGCCGCCGCCCUCUUUGUUCCUGCGACUCCCGCCCCGACUGCCUCACCACACACGACGCCCCCAUGGCCACCAGACGUAGCCCCAGCAGCACGAGCCCCUCGAACCUGUCCAACAGCCCCUUCCCCCACGGCUCCCACAGCAGCUCCACGUCAUCGUCGCCCCCCAAGCCCUUUGCCUCGCACAACACCAUGACUGCCGACGCCUUUGCAGCCCACAUGUAUGCCACGCCCGGCGCAAUCGGCGAGCGCAGGCCCGUAGACAAGAGUCCGGUUGCCAGCCCCCGCCACAGCAUCCUCCUGCGCAAACUGCCCGCCAACAGCGACCGCGAGGCGGUGCGCAAUAUCCUCCUCUUUGCCAAGGACCUCAUCGACUGCGAGGUCCUCAGCCAGCCCCGCCACGCCGACGACAAGGGCUUUGCCUGCGCCGUCGCCCACUUCCAGACGUUUGACGGCGCCAAAGAAGCCCGCGACCUGCUCAAUGGAAAGCGCAAUGCCACCAACGAUGCCACGCUCGUCGUCGAGCUGAUGCACGAGGCCUCGCCCGGCGCCGUCGGCUCGCGUCGCAACACGCUCGACAGCAUACCCGCGCGCCAGGCCUCGGUGGCAAGUGCCAUGUCCACGUCCACGACCAACGCCCGCCAGUCUUCGCGAUACAACGGCACCUUCCAAACCAUGGAGAAGAUGUCCCCACCCAACGGGACCCCGGGUCUUGGCAACGGAGAAUUCCCGGUCAAUAACCUCUUCUCGCCCACGUCCCCCGUCAACACUUCGUUUGCAAGCCGCAACCUGGGCAAAUCCGUCAUCAACGACGAGGCGGAUGACGACGAUGGCCUGCUCAACGAGUCGAUUGGCUACGCCACCGGCGGCCCCCAGCCCCAGCCACAGCCCCAGCCCAGCAUGCAGCGCCGUGCUACCAACCCAAACUCGUCGACCAUUCCUGUCCAGCGCUUUGGAAGCCUUUCCCUCAACACCAACGGUGCCACCGGCGUCAAGUCGCCCCCCAUACCAAACUACGUCUCCCCGCGUACCGGCUCCAACAUGCAGUCGCCCGGCCCCGCCAUGUCUGCCAUGUCACCGCACAGCAUCCCCUCUGCCCUGAGCAGCGGCCCCAGCACCGGCUACCAGCAGUAUUCGCAGCACUUUGCCAGACCCACGUACCCGCCCGUGAACCCGGCAGACCAGAACCCGCCCUGCAACACGCUCUACGUGGGCAAUCUCCCCAUGGACACCUCCGAGGACGAACUCAAGGCCGUCUUUUCCAAGCAGCGCGGCUACAAGCGACUCUGCUUCCGGACCAAGCAAAACGGCCCCAUGUGCUUUGUUGAAUUCGAGGACACGUCGUUUGCUACCAAGGCCCUCAACGAACUCUAUGGAUACAUGCUCCACAACAGUGUCAAGGGCGGCAUCCGUCUAAGCUUCUCCAAGAAUCCCUUGGGCGUCCGCAGUGGCCAGAACACGGGCAUGGGCCCACAGUCUGCCAUCACACCGACUACCCCUCUUUCGGGCUUUGGCAACAGUGUUGCUGCCCCUCCGGGCUUCUCUACGGCUACUGGCCCACCGCCAGGCUUGUCAGCACCUCCCGGGCUAUCCGCUGCAAGCCACACCAAUGGCAGCUCUGGCUUUGGCAUGUAUGCCAAUGGCGGCUUCGGCAUGGGUCCCAACGACAUGGCGGCCUCGAUGCGCCAGCCAC